AUGACGCUCAUCAAAGGCCUGAUUGACUUAGGGACUUUAGCUGUGGAUGUUUUCACUAGCGGUAAUAGAGAAGGUUCCAGGAGAACUACUGUCCUCGUCUUCACAUGUGUUUUUCCAAGCGUCAUGCUCAGCGUCUUACUGUUCCUGUACCUCCUCUCUACUUUGACUUGUGGCCCAGCCGUGUCUGCGGGAAUUGCUGUCCUCCAUGGGGUGGUGCUGACAUUUGCCCUUUUCCUGUCACAGAGAAUACGAUGCAUUUUUACCCUAUUUGUCAUAUCCCUUUUCACCAAGAAGAGUCGAAGUCUGCUGCUAACCGCUGGGACAAGUGUAGUUGUUCUCGGGAAUAUCCGCAACACUUUGGAGAACCUCACAUGCUUGGUCGGGAGCAUGAUUUGUAACCUGAGGGCCAAGAAGGCGUCCGUCAUUGCUCCCUUUAGAAACUAUGUGGACAUGUUGAAAUGGCUAGCUAAUAUAUUGCAAGGGGUGACAGAUCUCAAGGUAGUCAACCUGGACUCCCAGCUGAAGAUUUCACCCAAAGUGGACUUGGAACAUUUUCGGGAGAGACUCAACCAAGCAGAAUUAAUGCUUAAUCAAAGUGUCAAAUAUGCAGUGACCUUUAUAAACACGGUCUCCUCUAUGAAGGAACGUGUUUAUCCUACCGCCAGCUUCCUGGUGCUCAUGAUCUUUAUAGCCUUGCACAUAAGAAAUUACUGCAGUGAUAAGAAGUACAAAAAUAACUUUAUCAGCAAGCAAUUCAUUCAUUUUGACGAGAAGCAGAAGGCGGAAGGAAAACAGCACGUGCUUCCUCUCACAUCAGACGAGGAGAAGCUUUACCCUUCUCUUCCUUCCAUCCGUCCCACCGCCCGUGAAGGAAAAGCUCUCUUGAAAUUUGGCAUCCCAAUAAUAUCCCAUUUGGUUGCUUGGGCGAUAUUUAUAACUGUGGAUGCUUUGUUCUACUAUUUUGUUGCCAUUAUUACAACCAAGCUAUCAGAGAUGGAACCAUUCCACGUCCCUCUGCUCAUGAGUCUCAAAGGUGUUGCAACCUUAAUUGGAGUACAGCUGGGUGAGGAGAACCACCAAAAGGACUUUUCCUAUUCCGUGACGUUGUUUGAGAAGCAAUGCCUCCCCAAACCCAAACUGUUGCUCAACAACACCCUCAUCCCACUGGCUGCUAUCCUGCUGACCUUGCUCAUUAUGGCCCCACUUGCGGCCAAGGCGGUCCAGAUCAGGCUCAUGGUUUGUGAGAAAUUCUACUGCAUAGCUGCAGAGGAGAGGAUCAAGUACUUGCAUGGAAAAAUUCUGAGGAAGAGGUUAAAAAGGAGCAAGGAUAAAGAAAACAGAAAGACUUUUACGUCACUCCUCACUAAGGGCCCUGUGGCAGAAAAACACGUCAGCACGCCAGCCGCCAGCAAGCUCCCACAUGAUGCUCACCGACAGCCGCAGACCUUUUCACAGACGUAG